AUGGGUGCUGGAAGGAAGACUGAAACUUUCUAUGCUGCAACACCAAGUGCACAGACACAAAAUCGAAGCAAUGAAUGGUAUGGAGCCUUUUCUGUUGCUGCCCGUAAUCUUCGGGAAGAUGAGCUAGGAGGAGUGAUUUUUGGCUGCAAACACAACACCAUGAAUGAAUGCCUCUCAAAACAGCUGUUUGGUUUGCCUUCAAGCCAUUUCUCAUAUGUGAAGAAUGUUAAACCUGGCAUGCCCCUAUUUCUGUUCAAUUAUAGUGACCGAAAAAUGCAUGGAAUUUAUGAGGCUGCAUGUGCUGGCAAGCUUAACAUUGAUCAAUUUGCUUGGAGUGAUGGUGGUAGAAUAAAGACACAAUUUCCUGCACAGAUCUAUGCAAUCCCCAACAGUCAAGCGUAUGUUAAUCCUGGUCAUGUGAAGCCUGAGUCCUAUAUAAAGGAUCUCAAUCCAUUUGAUGUUUCUUCUGAAUCUCAUUGUAUUGACCCUUACAAGUUGGUUGAUCCAGAUGGUGAAUAUGCUAGUGCGAGUAGAACAUCAACAAGCCACCUUGACGAUGAGUCUUCUAACUGGGAUGAUUUAGAUGAUGUUGCGACCAAGGAAGGAACUGAAUUUGUCAAUGAUGACCAUCCACAUAUUAAUCCACAACAUAAUGAACAGUAUGUCACAGUGGCUGUUAGGCAGAAACUACAAGAGAUGUCUGUUUUACGACAGCAGGAGGCUCAAUCCUCCGAGGACACUGUUGAUUCUGCUUCAAAUAAACCAAUGCCUCAAGAACCACAGUUUGAUGCCACACUCCCCACAGACCCAUCUGAUUCCACCUCAAAGGGUGAUGUACGUAUUGAAGACCUGAAAUCAUUAGGGCAAUCUCGUGGAAAUGCUGAGUUUGAGUCAGAUAAAGAAAUACUGUUUCUGAGGGAAUCGAUGAAGGACACAGGAAGGAGAAUUCAGGAACUGGAAUACCAGUAUGAGAAACUACAAUCAAACUAUAACUCUUUGGUCCCACUCCUUGGUAGUCCACAUGAUAAUAUGGAAGGACCAUCAAUAUUCCUAAUAGGUGGCUACAGGGGCAGUACUUGCCUGUCAUCGCUAGAUUCCUUUUGCCCUAAGACAGACAGAGUAGUGCCUCUGUGUUCAAUGAGGUCAGCCCGUGCAUAUGCAGCAGUAGCUGCAUUGAAGGAUCAUCUCUAUAUUUUUUGUGGUGGGGAUGGCAGUUCAUGGUAUCACACAGGAAGCCUUGCUGGAACUACAUUGAAUGAUAAAAUAUUUGCUAUUGGUGGUGGAGAUGGGUCUGCAGUUUUCUCAGAAGUUGAGAUGUUUGAUCCAGCACUUGGGAGGUGGAUAGACAGUGUGUCAAUGCGGCAAAAGAGAUUUGCUCCUGCUGCAGCCGUAUUAAGUGGUACACUCUAUGUAACUGGUGGUUAUGAUGGCAACACGUACUUACAAUCAGCAGAAAGAUAUGACCCAAGGGAAGGUUUCUGGGCUCUGCUUCCAAGUAUGAGUGCAAGAAGAGGAUCCCACUCCAUUCGCUGUGGAGGGUAUGAUGGAAACAGCAAGAUUUCCACUGUAGAAAUCUUUGAUCCGCGUGCCAAUUCAUGGAGGAUAGACAGUUCAUCCAGCAUCGCAAGAGGAUACGGAUGUGCGGUGACAAAGGAUGAUAAUCUGUACCUCAUUGGUGGGGUCAAUGAUGCUGGAGAAACUAUCGAGACUCCUUCUUAUGUUACCUUCUCCAUCUAUGCAAACUACAGUGUGCCAGUUUCCCUGUGGACGUCAAAACCAGUCCAUCUGAAAACAAAGACACAGCAAACUCUAGAUGAACAAGAUAUGAUACAGGUCUUCGUUGACAUUGUCAACUCAGUGAUGAGGUAUUGUCCAGACAAAAAAUUGUCAUUUCGGUUCCCUGGGGCACAGCCUCAUGCCAACUUCAAGGACGUGUUCAACAUAGUUUUCUUGUCCCUGGCCUUCCUGGUGUGCAUCUACGAGUCUCCUCGUGAUCUCCGUCCUGGAUGCUUGGAUUCACUGAGAACCCAGCUUACUGGUUCAAAGUGCAGAGAUGCCGCAAAGAACCUUGUAAAGAUGCUUGGGGCAAACCUUGAGGACCAGUGGAUGCAGACAAUGAAUCUUGCAGUAACUAACUGGAUCGUUGAGCUGAGAUCCGCAAACCAGUCAUCUGGGGUAUCAUCGCCGCUGUUCUCAUAUGCCCUCUCAGCAAGCGGGCUCUGGAAGGUGCAGCUAUACUGCCCAGUCAUAACCAUGGGCAUGGAGGAACCUGCAGAAGCAACACAGGAUGAGCGCCUUCUCUUCUCACUCAUUUAUCAGCAGGUUGAAUGUGUCAUUCAGCUAGCUUAUAGAACAGCAAGAAGGGAUAACUGGAUUGAUGUCGAGGUGAAGGUAGACAACAUAAGGUGUGAUGUGGACUCUUUGGUCUCUGAGACCCUCAUGGCAGAACGUGGAUAUGGCUCUGAAGAGAAGCACUUCCCAUCUCGUGUCAUGCUGCAAAUCACACCUAUGCAACAAUCUGACGUGCUGUCUGUUUCUGUCGGCAAGUCCACAGACAACCCCACACAUGAAUUUGGUAUUGAGAAGGGCUUUGAGGGUUCCUUUGAUCCCCAAACUCAUUUGGGAGGUUUAUUCCUCAAAACCUUCAAAGCUUUCUCUGCUUCAACCAAGGGCCUGGUUCGUGACAGGUACUCAAAUGCAUACCGCCUGCUCACAAAGCAGGGGGGUGUCAUUUUCUUGCGUGAUGAGUAUGGAGAUAGUGUCUGGUGGAAGAUCUGUGGUGCAACACUAGGAAAGACUAUGAACUGGGAAACCGAGGCUGGAUUUGGCUAA